AUGUCGCGAUACUCGGCUCUGAUUGUGCUCGUGGUGGUGGCGUGCGUCAACGCCGGCGUCCUGCCGAAUCCGAGCCUCGACAGCCUGACGAAAAUCGGCGGACCAGCGACCGUCGAGGUCGUCGAAGUCGAGCCCGUUCAAGCGGCCGUUACUGGCGAAGCUUCGGCUCGUCAAGCUCGCUCGCCGAUUCUGGGCUUCGGCUUUCACGAUCAUUACGGCCACGGCCACGGCCACUACGGCGACUACGGCCAUCAUCAUCAUCAUCACUACGAUGACUAUCAUCACGGCUACGGCGGCUACGGCGGCUACGGCUACGGACAUCUCCACGGCCAUCAUCAUCAUCACGACCACGGCUUCGGUCUGUUCUUCGGCUGAGUCGUUUGGAAAAAUCGACGCGUGUAAAUAAUAAAAUUUUUCUCGCCGAUCGUCGAGCGAGAUCAUUUCGUUAUAAGUCCUUUUUUUAUGUAAUAACUUCGUACUCACUGAUAAGUUGUAAUUGUAAAACAAAUUGUA